UUGGUUCCUUUGCGCGUGUGUCGAUGGGAAGGACUAGAGGGGGUGGAGGCGUAAUGCGCAGGGCCGAAAGGAGGUGGGCAACAUUGCUCCGAGCUGGUGUCGGGCCCGGCUCACUCGACCGAGCUCCACAAGGUGCACAGCCUGGUGCUGCGUGAGACCCCUGGGCUUUCCAGCUGAAGCCGGCCACUCCGCGCGGACAGGACCGAGGAUGGAGAGGCUGGUGUUCGGGAGGUUCUUCUGUCAUCUCUCUACCUACAGACUGAUUUGGUUCUUGGCUGCAGUGACGCUAUGCAGGGCGCAAGUGGUGACCCAAGAUGAAAAAAAGCUGCUGAACACACCUGCUUCCUUACGAUGCUCUCUGGAAACUUCCCAGGAAGUCUUGGUUGUGACAUGGCAGAAAAUCAAGGCUGCAAGCCCAGAAAACAUGGUGACCUUCAGCAAGACCCAUGGGGUUGUGGUCCAGGCUGCCUAUAAGGACAAGAUCAACAUCACUGAGCUGGGACUCCAGAACUCAACCAUUACCUUCUGGAACACCACCCUGGAGGAUGAGGGGUGUUAUAAGUGCCUCUUCAAUACCUUUGGUUCCGGGAAGGUCUCAGGAAUAGCCUGCCUCACUCUCUUUGUACAGCCCACAGUAUUCCUCCACUAUAAAUUCUUUGAAGACCACCUAAAUAUCACUUGCUCUGCCAACGCCCGCCCAGCACCUGCGAUCUCCUGGAAGGUUUCUGGAUCAGGAAUGGACAACAGUACAGAGAUUCUCUCACACCCCAAUGGGACCACAUCUGUCAUCAGUGUCCUCCAUGUCAAAGACCCCAAGAGUCAGGUGGGAAAGGAGGUGAUCUGCCAGGUGCUGCACCUGGGGACUGUGACCAACUUCAGGCAAACUGUGAACAAAGGCCUCAUGGAUACAAGAGGCGUUUGGUUUUCAGUCCCACUAUUGUUAAGUAUUGUUUCCCUGGUGAUUCUUCUGAUCUUAAUCUCAAUCUUACUGUACUGGAAACGUCAUCGGACCCAAGACCGAGAGCCCUAGAAGAGUCAUAGAACCCUGAAAGUUAUUUUAUGGUCUACUUGAAUCUGAUGCAGGAGGAAAGCAGGAGAAAAAGGGCCAUUCUCCAAGGGACCUGAAAGAGCAAAAGAGGUGGGAGUACAAGGCCUAAAAAUUUCAAGACUUUCUACUGCCAUCAAAGUUACCCAGUGCUUGUGUAAGUUCCAAGAGGAAAUUAUUUUACCUCUCAGGCGUGUUGUAGGACUUCAUUUUGUAAAAAAAUGCAGUGUUGUGCUGUUGAAAGGGUACCAGACUUAGAAUCAGGAACCACAGCUUAGAGACUGACUUUGGCUGAGACUGGCGGCAACCCUGUGUUAAUCAGUGAGCGUCCAUGUUUGCAUUCAGAAAAAUUAACGAGUUGGACCAGAUAAUUUGCCAUUCUGCUCUAAAAACUGAUGUAAUUCCAGGAAAAAGGGAAUAGACAAAGGGAAAAGUCGUGAAAAGGAGAACGAAGAAGCCGGGAAGGUUAAGGACCAAAGAACUUUUCGGAGAUUACCUUUGCUUUUCUGUGGAUAUUUCAUCUCUUCUUCCCUAUUGUUCUUAGGUCCAUGCGUCUGUUUCCUCAUUACUUGGUAUCUAGUCCACUCCCCGCUUGCUGCUUUGCUGAUAGCUGGUCUCUUUAGAACCCUGGGUUUCACUGCUAUUCUUCAUGUAUUUCUGUGACAUUUACCACAGUGAAAAUGGGACUGAAUUCAUUGUGAAAUAACAUUGGCCACCUUAACUUUAUUUACUUAUUUUUAUAGCAGAAUAAGUGUUGCUAGUCUUAGACAGCAGCUCACAUUUUUUGAAAAGCAUGCAUUAUUUGUCUAUUUGUUGCAUAAUAUGACCUGGCUCUAUUUUAGUCAUUCUGAAUUCAGACUAGUAUAAUGAAAAUAUGUUGUGAAAACAGGUAUUUAGGAGGUUUCCUAAAUAGAAGUCAGCCAGCUCAUAUGCUUUGUCUCUCUCCUGGCUUCUUUCCCCAUGAGUUCACUUUUCGCAGCAGCAGAGGAAGCAUGUAUGGGUAUACAGUUCCCUUUGUUCUAAAUAUAUUGUUUUAACUAGUGGAACAAUUUUUGAACUCUUAAAUAAGCAUAAGACCAAAUUAGUGACUUUAUUGGUAUUGUUUGCUUUCUUGUCUCUAUCUGGUGACUUAGGAAUUAAAACAUGUUGUUUUCAUUGUUUAA